GCUGCUGUACGCAUUUAAUUAGCGAGGAGGAAGAAGGAGCAGCGGCAGUAGGACACAUUUCCCCGCACCCCGGACUCCGGUUUGGACCGUCUCCACAACAGAAGCUCGUUAGCGCAAAAGUUCGAACAAGCGCACCAGCGGAUUUGUUUCCCUUUUUUACUUUCAGUCUGAAGAACAAAUUCGAAAUGUGCAUUUUUUGCGUAAAUCUGUGUAAACGGUUGUUUAGUUCGGUCUUCGGUUUUCCGGUGGUGUUCCGCCAAGUCAGUGAUGACUGAUGUGGACAUGUCAGCACCACGCACUGCACCAUCCCAGCGGGGCUGAGGGAAAGUAGGAAACCACCUGUCGCGUAGGUUUGCUGGAGCUUCUUCUUUGAUAAACACGAACUGCAAAAACAAGAGCCGGGACAGAGCCGAGGGAGCGGAAUGCGCCUUUUACGCGCGGAGCAGGCGCUUCUCUGAGAUCUACAAGCUUCUCCCCCGGAACUUUGCUCGGUGUUGCGCGCCUGCAGAGAGCAUGUGGCCGCGGUGGUGUCCCGGGCUCAGAUGAGCAGGAGGGGAUGGCUCGGGAGGACGCAGUGAGGUGCCUGCGCUGCCUGCUGUACGCGCUCAACCUGCUGUUCUGGCUGAUGUCAGCAUGUGUGCUGGGAGUGGCAGCUUGGAUCAGAGACUCUCUGAACACGGUUCUAACGCUGACAGCUCACACCAGGUUGGAGGAAGCCGCUGUCCGCAUCUAUUCUCCAGCCGUCCACCCCGUCGUCAUCUCUGUGUGCUGUUUCCUCAUCAUCGUGGCCAUGGUGGGCUACUGUGGCACGCUCAAGCGUAACCUGCUGCUGCUAUCCUGGUACUUCUGCAGCCUGUUGGUCGUCUUCUGUGUGGAGCUGGCCAGUGCAGUUUGGACCUAUGAUGAGCCGUCGGUGCAACGCUCGGACAUGAUCAGCCUCAAGUCCCGGAUGCCGAACUAUGGCCUGCAGCGCUACCAGUGGCUCACACACACCUGGAACAGCUUCCAGACCGAGUUUCGAUGUUGCGGGGUGAUCUACUUCACUGACUGGCUGGAGAUGACGGACAUGGAGUGGCCACCGGACUCCUGCUGCUCCAAUCAGUAUCCAGGCUGCGCUCGCCACGCCCACCACCACGACCUCAGCGAUCUGUACCAGGAGGGCUGCGGUCCAAAAAUCUACAGUUUCGUUCGUGGGACGAAGCAGCUGCAGGCGCUGCGUUUCCUGGGCGUGUCCAUCGGUGUGGCCCAGAUCCUGGCCAUGGCGCUCACCCUCAUGCUGCUCUGGGCGCUCUACUAUGGGCGAAAGGUGGAUGAGCCGGCGCCAGCGGCACCGCCAGGGCACUCCAGCCCCACGCUCACACACGGACCCUCGGCUGAAGCGGUGAAACCAGGAUGCAGCCGCGAAGCACCGACUGAAAACCAGUUUGAACUGGAGCCUCUGUCAUGACCAGGACUACGCAGCAUCUGGCAGAAACAGAAGAGACUCAGGAGCCACUGGAUCAGAACAUUGCGCUGUAGAAUCCGCAGAUGAUGGGACAUCUUCUCCAAUAAGCUCCAAUAAGAACUCACUGUGUUACUAAUCAUCUUAUCACUGGAAUAAAAGCUUAAGGUUCACGAGCCAGAA